AUGGAACGAAGAGGUCAGCCUCGAGGCCGAGGAGGAUUCACUGGAUCCGACCAAAACGUCUUCCAAGACUGUGCUGAGCUCAGAAAGUCCUUGGAUGCUGCUGUGUCUGAAAACAACUAUCUCAGACAGUACACCAACAAUCUGUGGCGUCGCAUGCAUGACCUUCUGGAUGAAAGAGACCAGCUCCAACAGACCGAUGAGCACAAAGUCUCCACAGCGAGCCAGUCUGAGUCUGACCUGAAUCCAAAGGAGGACAAGAAGCAAGACUGGGACGCUGUCAAAAAGCAGAUGGAGCAUGACAGAGGAGAAAUUGAGCAGGCAAAGAAAGCGCUUGAGGAGACCAAGAAGGUCCUCCAGAUGGAGAAGGAACAUCUAAAUGAAGAGAAGAAGAACCUGGAAGCUGACAGACAACAUUUAGAGGAGAUCAAGGCUAAAGUGAAGAAAGCCUUCCAGACAGAGCCUGGCCUCAACACACCAGAGGACAAGAAACAAGACUGGGUGACUGUUUUAAAACAGCUGGAGGACGACAGACAAGAAAUCCAGGAGACAAAGAAAGUACUUGAGAAUACCAAGACAGCUCUGGAGAUGGAGAAGGAACAUCUGAAUGAAGAGAGGAAGCAACUGGAAGCUGACAGACAACAUUUAGAGGAGGUGAAAGCAAAAGUGAAGGAGGCCAUCCAGAAAGUCAAAGAGGAAAAGAAAAAAAUCAAACAGGAGAAACAAAUGAAGAACAAGACUGAGGACAAGCAAAAUUUGGAGAAUGAAAAGACAGCCCUGAAAGCAGAGGAACAAACUUUGCAGGUGGAGGCAAAGAAAAUGGAAGAUCAUCAUAAAAGAAUCUUAGAAGAAAAUGAAAAUUUGGAAAAACAGAGGUACAAGAUGGAGCAGGAAAAAAAAGCUCUGCAGGAGGAACAAGAAAAGCUGGAGGAAAUAAAGCAAGACCUGCAGGAGAAGAAGAAAGAAUCUGAGGAGACUUCUAAACAGCUAGAACAAGAAAAGCAAGAACUCCAGGAGCAAAUGAAAAUAUUGGAGGAAAAACAGCACGACCUUCAACUCCAACAGGAAGCUUUUCAGCAUGACCUCAAACUUGAAGAGGAGCAGAAAGAAAAUUUGCAGGAAGAGGCAAAGAAAUUCAGAGAGAGUCAGAAAAUCCUCCAAGAACAAGAGGAUGAUUUAAAAGAACAAAGGGACAAAGUGGAGCAGAUAAACACAGCCCUGCAGGAUGCACAGAAAAAGUUGGAGGAAAAACAUGAAGACCUGCAAGAAAAGACAAGAUAUUUCGAGGAGACUGUAAAAAAACUGGAUCAAGAAAAAAAAGAAGUUCAAGAGCAAAUGAAACUGGUUGAGGAAAACCGCCACCAACUUGAACUCCAAAAGAAAGACUUUCAGCUGUGUGUCAAACAAGUUGAGGAGGAAACAUCUAAGCUGAUGGAAGCAGAUGAGAAAAACAAGGAGAUGGAUAAAAAGCUGCAGGAGAAAGAGUUUGAGCUAAACCAGUACAAGAACAGACUGGAGCAGGAGUCUAAAGAGAUGGAGGAAGAGAAGAAGAAGCUGCAGCUGGAGAGACAAAACGUGGAAGAGAAGAAAGCAGAGCUACAGAAUCUCUGCCAGGAUAACAUCAUCAUUUUUGGCAAAAUGGAACGAAGAGGUCGGCCUGGAGGCCGGGGAGGAUUCACUGGAUCCGACCAAAACGUCUUCCAAGACCGUGCUGAGCUCAGAAAGUCCUUGGAUGCUGCUGUGUCUGAAAACAACUAUCUCAGACAGUACACCAACAAUCUAUGGCGUCGCAUGCGUGACCUUCUGGAUGAAAGAGACCAGCUCCAACAGACCGAUGAGCACAAAGUCUCCACAGCAAGCCAGUCUGAGUCUGACCUGAAUCCAAAGGAGGACAAGAAGCAAGACUGGGACGCUGUCAAAAAGCAGAUGGAGCAAGACAGAGGAGAAAUUGAGCAGGCAAAGAAAGCGCUUGAGUAG